AUGGCCGGCGACGACGUCACCGAUUGGCCCCCUAGGCUCAGCCCGGCGUUCAAGGACUUCUUGGCGGGGGGAAUCGGAGGGAUGGCUGGUGUUGUGGCUGGCCAGCCCCUCGACACAGUUCGAAUCCGACUACAACAGAGGAGCAAUAAAUAUGCUGGGACCGCUCAGGCGUGGGGUUCGAUCGUGUACAAGGAAGGAGCUAAAUCGCUGUUCAAAGGCAUGAUGUACCCAUUGACAACAGCAGCAUUUCAGACAGCAGUCACCUUCUAUUCAUAUGGUGCAGCCAUGCGCAUGAUGAACCCCACAUCUGAUGGCCACCCCUCUUAUUCGGACAUUUUUGCUUGUGGCAUCGUUGCAGGUGCUGUACAAACUUUCGCAGUCACACCAGUGGAUGUCCUGAAAAUUCGACUACAAGUCCAGACCGCAGUGCCUGGGCAAGAAUCCUACAUUGGGGCGCUCAAGAUGGCCCGCCAGAUUGCACAACGAGCUGGUUUGCAAGGUGCGUGGGCCAGUGCCUGUGGAUGCUGUCGCCCACGUUGCCAAGGGAAUGCAGAUGGGCUUUUGAGACAAGGUGGUGCUGUUGCUGUUGGUGCCAAAAUGGGCAGCUGGCCUCCCCAAUCAAAGGACAGUGUGAUAGGAAAAUUCAGCCUUUGA